GUAGUAAAAGUCCACUUUUCUCUCCACGUUGUCUGCAUCACAGUGAAACCUACCAUUGAUAGAGAAAUCUCACGACUUCUUCCAUGCCCUCCUUCACUACCUUCCUCUAAUUUAAUAUUCAAACCCAAAUCUUCACGGAAUCCAUAUGGUUCGAACCCGAAUCAAACUCAUCUCCGCCAUUACUGUUUCUUAAUUCUCAAAAAACAGAGCAUCACCUCUGUUUUCAUUGAGCCCACCUGAAGCUUCCUCCAUCGGUGACGUUUCUUCUCAUUUUUUGUAUAUAAAAUUGAUAUGGGAAUGGAAUAAUUCAAGGAUACCCUGGAAUCAUGGUCGAUUAGUGUUGGCAAUCUUGACUAUUUCUUCUUUUUCCUUCAAUCAUGCCCUAUUAGUGCUCUUAGUCCUCCUCACGAUCAACCCUCAUUCUCUUUUUCUCUGCUUUUCCGUUCUCAAUGGGGCAAUGGUGAAGCCCUUGAGUUCAUCCAUUUGGUGCAACAUUUUUCUGGCUAUCUGUUCCGAUUGUUCUAGUUUUAGGCUUCUUUGAAGUGGGUUUCUCCUAAUCUAUCCAUUUGGGCAAGAUUUUUCUUGCUAUCUGUUCCGAUUCUUCCAGUUUUUGGCUUCUCUGAAGUGGGUUUCUUCUAAUCCAUCCAUUUGGAGCAAGAUUUUUCCGGCUAUCUGCUCCGAUUGUUCCAGUUUUAGGCUUCUCUGAAGUGGGUUUCUUCUACUCUUCGCUGAGGAGCUGCUGGAUUUAACUUAAGAACUUGUAUUGCGUUUGACAAUGGCAUCGAAGUCAUUCAAGCCAAACCGUUCAAAUUUGUCAACAGCUUCUGAUGCAUCUGAAGCACAGAAGCCUCCUCUUCCACCUACUGUGACAUUCGGUCGGAGAACCUCCUCCGGUCGCUAUAUUAGCUACUCGAGGGAUGAUCUCGAUAGCGAGCUUGGGAGUGGUGACUUUAUGAACUAUACUGUGCACAUUCCUCCAACGCCUGAUAAUCAACCAAUGGAUCCUUCAAUCUCACAGAAGGUUGAAGAACAAUACGUAUCGAAUUCGCUGUUUACCGGUGGGUUCAAUAACAUAACACGAGCUCAUUUAAUGGACAAAGUGAUUGAAUCUGAAGCAACACAUCCUCAAAUGGCGGGUACGAAAGGAUCUUCGUGUUCUAUACCUGGCUGUGAUGCUAAGGUUAUGAGCGACGAACGUGGAAAUGAUAUACUCCCUUGUGAAUGCGAUUUCAAGAUAUGUCGAGAUUGCUAUGUCGAUGCUGUUAAACUAGGUGGUGGGAUUUGUCCAGGCUGCAAAGAACCGUAUAAAAACACAGAUCUUGAUGAAAUUGCUGUUGAACAUGGAAGACCGCUUCCGCUUCCUCCACCAGCCACAAUGUCGAAGAUGGAGAGGAGGCUGUCGUUGAUGAAGUCGACGAAAUCUGCGUUGAUGCGAAGCCACACGGGGGUUGGAGAAUUUGAUCAUAAUAAAUGGCUAUUCGAAACGAGAGGAACUUAUGGAUAUGGGAAUGCUAUAUGGCCAAAGGAUGAGGGUUUUGAUAAUGGUAAUACUGAUGAAGUCGAGCCUAUGGAGUUCAUGAAUAAGCCGUGGCGGCCCCUAACUCGAAAGUUGAAGAUUCCUGCUGCUGUUCUUAGCCCGUAUCGACUUUUGAUCGUUGUUCGAAUGGUCGUGCUCGGGUUCUUCUUGGCUUGGCGAGUGAGCCAUCCGAACACCGAUGCGUACUGGUUGUGGGCUAUGUCUAUAGUUUGUGAGAUUUGGUUUGCUUUUUCUUGGCUGCUCGAUCAGCUGCCGAAGUUGUGCCCCAUCAAUAGAGCUACUGAUCUUAACGUGUUGACGGAGAAAUUCGAAACACCUAGUCCGAGUAAUCCAACCGGAAAAUCUGAUCUACCGGGCAUAGAUAUCUUUGUUUCUACUGCAGAUCCCGAGAAAGAACCGCCUCUUGUAACUGCGAACACGAUCCUUUCGAUUCUAGCUGCAGAUUAUCCGGUUGAAAAGCUUGCUUGUUAUGUUUCUGAUGAUGGAGGUGCGCUUUUAACUUUCGAGGCCAUGGCUGAAGCUGCAAGUUUUGCUAAUACUUGGGUUCCUUUCUGUCGAAAACAUGGCAUCGAACCGCGCAAUCCCGAGUCUUAUUUUAGUUUGAAAAGAGAUCCAUUCAAGAACAAAGUUAAGCCAGAUUUUGUUAAGGAUCGUAGACGUGUUAAGCGUGAGUAUGACGAGUUCAAAGUUCGUAUUAAUGGACUUCCUGACUCUAUUCGUCGUCGCUCGGAUGCUUAUCAUGCACGAGAAGAAAUCAAAGCUAUGAAGCUUCAGAAACAGAACAUUGGUGCUGAUGAACCGAUUGAGAGUGUGAAAAUCGCUAAAGCGACAUGGAUGGCUGAUGGCACGCAUUGGCCAGGGACUUGGUUGCAGCCAUCGUCUGAGCACUCGAAGGGUGACCAUGCCGGUAUCAUACAGGUGAUGUUGAAGCCACCUAGUGAUGAACCUCUUCAUGGAAAUGUUGAAGAUGAGAAACUUAUCGACACUUCCGAGGUCGAUAUUCGUCUUCCUUUACUCGUUUAUGUUUCUCGAGAGAAACGACCAGGCUAUGACCACAACAAGAAGGCAGGAGCGAUGAAUGCUCUAGUUCGAGCCUCGGCAAUCAUGUCGAAUGGUCCGUUCAUUCUCAACCUCGAUUGUGACCACUAUAUCUACAACUCUCAAGCAAUGAGAGAAGGAAUGUGCUUCAUGAUGGAUCGUGGAGGCGAUCGUCUUUGCUAUGUCCAAUUCCCUCAAAGGUUCGAGGGCAUUGAUCCUUCCGAUCGAUAUGCAAAUCACAACACUGUGUUUUUCGACGUUAACAUGCGAGCUCUUGACGGUCUUCAAGGACCAGUGUACGUCGGAACAGGAUGUCUGUUUAGAAGGGUUGCCCUAUAUGGUUUCGAUCCACCUCGAUCGAAAGAGCAUCACCCUGGUUUUUGUAGUUGUUGUUGUGGCGGACGAAAAAAGCAUACAUCCGUUGCGAGCACACCGGAAGAGAGCAGAGCUUUGAGAAUGGGUGAUUCUGAUGAUGAAGAAAUGAAUCUCUCUUUGUUUCCUAAGAGAUUUGGGAACUCUACUUUCCUUAUUGAUUCAAUCCCGGUUGCUGAAUUUCAAGGCCGCCCCUUGGCCGAUCACCCUGCCGUGAAGAACGGACGUCCACCGGGUGCUCUUACGAUCCCUCGUGAUCUCCUCGAUGCUUCAACAGUUGCAGAGGCAAUCAGUGUCAUUUCUUGCUGGUACGAAGACAAGACCGAAUGGGGUAACCGUGUUGGAUGGAUUUACGGAUCUGUUACUGAAGAUGUGGUCACUGGAUAUAGGAUGCAUAAUAGAGGAUGGAAAUCGGUGUACUGCGUAACAAAACGAGACGCUUUCCGUGGGACAGCUCCGAUCAACCUAACAGAUAGGCUGCAUCAAGUCCUCCGAUGGGCUACCGGGUCGGUCGAGAUCUUCUUCUCCCGCAACAACGCCAUCCUAGCUAGUCCAAGAAUGAAACUUCUACAAAGAAUAGCAUACUUAAACGUGGGGAUAUAUCCAUUCACUUCAAUCUUCCUCAUAGUAUAUUGCUUUCUACCAGCACUGUCGCUGUUCUCCGGUCAGUUCAUCGUCCAAACGCUUAACGUCACGUUCCUUACAUACCUUCUGGUUAUCACGUUAACGUUGUGCAUGCUUGCGGUGCUCGAGAUCCGAUGGUCUGGUAUUGAAUUAGAAGAGUGGUGGAGGAAUGAGCAGUUCUGGUUGAUUGGUGGUACAAGUGCACAUCUUGCUGCUGUACUUCAGGGUCUGCUAAAAGUCGUUGCUGGGAUCGAAAUAUCGUUCACUUUGACAUCGAAAUCGGGAGGUGACGACGUUGACGACGAGUUUGCUGAUCUCUACAUAGUGAAAUGGACAUCUCUAAUGAUACCACCAAUCACGAUCAUGAUAACGAACCUAAUAGCAAUAGCAGUCGGGUUUAGCCGAACGAUAUACAGUGUGAUACCGCAAUGGAGCCGACUGAUCGGUGGCGUUUUCUUUAGCUUCUGGGUAUUGGCUCAUCUCUACCCUUUUGCCAAAGGGCUGAUGGGAAGAAGAGGAAGAACACCUACCAUUGUUUUUGUGUGGUCAGGGCUUAUUGCUAUCACCAUAUCUCUUCUUUGGGUAGCCAUUAGUCCUCCAUCAGGAACUAACCAAAUUGGAGGUUCAUUCACAUUCCCUUAAACACUUAAUUUUUUUUUUGUCUCCCAAAAUUCUUUCACUUCAUAAACUUGAAUUAGGUACAUUCUUCUGUUGUAAUUCUUGCAAAUUUUUACCAUCUAUAAUAAUUCACUUUUGGGUAA